AUGCCUUGGGAGCGAGAUUACCUUUAUGGUGGUGCACAUCAGAAUCGGCAACAUAGUGCUCCUUCGCCAGGCUUUACAUCGAAUCCACAGCUAUAUUCAGUGGUGGUUCCCAGUCCCCCACCAGCACCUUCAGUGAGCAGCAGCUUAUGUUCUGAGAAAUUACUGGCACAAUCGUCAUCUGGUAUUGGUUUGCGUUUCUCAAAGAUCACAUUCACUUAUGAAGAAUUAGCACGGGCAACUGACAGUUUCUCCAGCAGGAAUCUACUCGGUCAAGGUGGCUUUGGUUAUGUUCAUAAAGGGUUCCUCCCAAGUGGGAAGGAGGUUGCAAUUAAGCAGCUAAAGGUUGGAAGUGGCCAGGGAGAGCGUGAAUUUCAGGCUGAGGUUGAGAUUAUAAAUCAUGUUCAUCACAGGCACCUCGUUUCACUGGUUGGAUACUGCAUUUCUGGGGCUCAGAGACUACUUGUUUACGAGUUUGUUCCAAACAGUACAUUGGAGUUCCAUUUACAUGGAAAGGGACAACCUCCUUUAAAUUGGGCUACUAGGAUGAAAAUUGCUGUAGAUUCUGCGAAAGGAUUGGCAUAUUUGCAUGAGGACUAUGCAGAGGCAUCAGAUAUCUUAUCAUCUGAACAUAAUAAUUCUUCAGGUCAACCCAAGAUUAUACAUCGUGAUAUCAAGGCUGCAAAUAUCCUGCUUGAUUACAAUUUUGAAGCAAAGGUAGUGAUAGGACAUGCAUACAUAUAUACAAAAAAGGGCGACCCAAUGCACUAG